GCACUAAGAACAGCUGAGCCAGCGGGUGACUGCAGUGAGCAGUGUUCUGAAUAAAUUAUACGGCGCCACUCUAGAUGACUAGCAAUAUUCAAACGUUAAAUCUGGGAGUACAAAUCCAGAGAAGAUGCGGAAGCUGUGUGAACUCGUCCUGAGCUGGAACAGGGACUGCAGGGUGGCUCUACCAGGCGCUGGAGGACAGCCACAAAAACCAGCCCGCCCCACCGCCCAGCCAUGUCGAACUCCAAGCAGCUCCUGAUGCAGGGCAUGCACCAGGACCUGAGCUGCCCCAGCUGCCUGAAGCUGUUCAAGGCCCCCGUGACGGCUGAGUGCGGCCACACCUUCUGCCUGGAGUGCCUGUCCCGGGCUGCGGUCUGCCCCACCUGCCAGGCCCCCACCAAGGUGGAGCAGCUGCGCAUCAACCAGCAGAUGGAGCACCUGGUGCAGUGCUUUCGGCAGGUGCCCCACGACCACUGCGAGGAGCACAUGGACCCCCUGAGCGUCUACUGCGAGCAGGACCAGCAGGUCAUCUGCGGGGUGUGCGCCUCGCUGGGCAAGCACAAGGGCCACAACAUCAUCACGGCCGCCGAGGCCCACCAGAGGAUGAAGAAACAACUUCCCCAGCAGCAAAUUCAGCUGCAGGAGGCGCAAGUGCGUAAGGAGAAAACGAUCACUCUGCUGAACAGACAGAUAGCAGAGGUGGAGGACACGGUGGUGCGGUUCAAGCAGCAGGUGUCGGAGCAGCUGGGGGUGAUACGCACCUACCUGGAGGUGCUGGAGGCCUCGCUGGGCCGGGAGGCUGAGCGGGUGCAGAAGCAGGCCACGGCCGUGCUGCAGGGUGAGCACAAGACCAUGGGCCACUACCUAGACCAGCUCAAGCAGAUGGAGGCCGUGCUGGGCGAGGUGCAGGAGGAGAGCCAGACCGAGUUCCUGAGGAAAUACUGCCUGGUGGCCAGCAGGCUGCAGAAGAUUCUGGGAGAGUCCCCGCCGGUUGCCCGGAUGGACAUCCAGCUGCCGAUCAUCACAGAUGAUUUCAAGUUCCAGGUGUGGAGGAAGAUGUUCCGCUCACUGAUGCCAGCUCUGGAGAACCUGACCUUUGACCCAGACACGGCCCACCCCAACCUGGUGGUGUCAGAGGAUGGCAAGCGGGUGGAGUGCGUGGAACACAAGCAGCCGGUGAGCUCUGAUGACCCGGGCCGCUUCGACAAGUCCAACUGUGUGGUGAGCCGCCAGAGCUUCUCCAGUGGCGAGCACUACUGGGAGGUGACAGUGGGUGACAAGCCGCGCUGGGCGCUGGGCAUCAUCUCGGCCGACACGGGGCGAAAGGGUCGGCUCCAGGCCCUGCCCUCCAGCGGCUUCUGGCUGGUGGGCUGCAAGGAAGGCAAGAACUACGAGGCCCACGUGGAGCACAAGGAGCCGCGGCUGCUGCGGGUGGAGACCAAGCCGAGCCGGAUUGGGCUGUAUCUCAGCUUCGAGGACGGGAUGCUGGGGUUCUACGACGCCAGCGACGAGGACAACCUGGCGCAGCUCUUCGCCUUCCACACGCGCUUCACCACCACCGUCUACCCCUUCUUCGACGUCUGCUGGCAUGACAAGGGCAAGAACAGCCAGCCGCUGGUCAUCUACGCGCCAGAGCCGGAGGCCUCCUAACAGCGCCCCGCAGAGCCGGAGGUGCUGUAGCCACGCCUAGCCUCUCCCCACGGAGCCGGGAGUGCCAUAACCAUGUUGCCAAAGGUGCUGUAGCCACGCCCAACUAUGCUCUAUGCUUCCAGAUGUGCCACAGCCAUGCCCAACCUUGACCCAAGAUGCCAGAGCAGGAGGUGCCACAACCACACCCAACCAUACCCCACAUCACCAGAAGAGCCAUGACCACGCCCAGCCGGCCCUACUUCACCAGCUGUGCCAUAACCUCACCCCACAUCAUCAGGCCACACCCAACCAUGCCCAUGUCGCCAAGUGAGCCGCAGGCACUCCCAACCAUGUCACCUGGUCUGGCGGUGCUGAAACCGCGCCCAGCCACACCCCAGAGAAGCCGUGCCCUGCCACGCCUCGCUAUGCCUGACAUCACCAGAGCAGGAGGUGCCUCAACCAUGGCCAACGUCACUGGAAGUUCUAUAACUAUGUUGUCAGACGCUCUGUAACCACAGCUAACCACAUGCUACAUCACCAGAAGCUCCGUAACAAUGUCUUCUCAUGCUACCAUCAACAGAAGUCCCAUUAUCAUGGCCCCCCAUCACCAGAGGUUCAUGCCUCCAUUACCAAAAGCAUCUCAAUCAUGCCCAAGCAUGUGUCCAUUACCAGAGACUCCCUGGCCAUGCCCACAUAGCUGGAAGUGCCGCAGCCACACCCCAUGCCAUCACUGCUCCUCCAGACAUUCGGAGCCCAUGUGGCCCAGCUCCAAGCUCCCUGGGACGGGCAGUGACCCAAUAUGGUUCCAAGCCUCCGGGAUCUGUACAGACAGUGCUGGGAUCUGAGCAUGUUCGCAUCCACCCAGAUACGGUCUCCAAUAAAACAUGGUCGUGUCCCCUCUGCCUCCUGUGUGCACGUGUGUGUCUGGGCUUCUAUCUGCCAUGUGGCCCCCAAACAAUCUGUGAGGGAUCAGCUACAUCUUUAUAAGGGCCCGGACACCUUAUUUACUGGGCACUGUACCAGCAUUAGUGAAUUUAUUCUUCUGGCACACACCCAUGUGAGUGCAUUACAGGAAUCUCAUUAUUAUUGGUUGUUAUGGUAGCAGUUGGAGGUUGCAACUAAGAUCAGCCUAAGAUCAGUUGUGCCUGGCGCUGCACAGACCCCGACCAAGAUCAGGGCCCCGUUGUUCCUGGUGCUGCACAGACCCCAACCGAAAUUAGGGCCCCCAGUGGGUCAGAUGUUGCACAGAGUCACAGUGAGAGUCGGUCCCUGCCCUGAAGAGCUUAUAGACUGAACAACAAAGGGUGGGAGGGAAAAUUAUUAUUAGGGAUCAUCACCCACAGCCAAGCAGGGAGGGGUGGGAUACUGGCCUAGAUGGGCCAUGGGUCUGGUCCAGGAUAGCAGGGAGAUGGGGCAUGGGGGUCAAUUUUUUGAAUUUGCCAAAGUGCCAGUUAGAUUUCAUCUGAAAAUCUAACAAACUAGAUUUUCCUAUUGGAUAAACAGUAUUGCCAGUUUAGGGCUGGAAUUUAGUUUGGCUCACCCGUUUUUACUGCAUCCCGGGAGUACUGGCUUUCUGAUUUUAAAGU